AUGCCUGGGCCAAAGAGCAAGGCGAAAGCUAAGGCCGCACCCGCCUCAGCGCGAGGACGUGACAGGAGAUCCGUCAGCCCAUCACCCCUGAAGCCAGAUGUGGAGCCCAGUCGGGCCUCAUCGUCAAGGCCGGAACGAGAGAAGGAGAAAGUGCUCAACGUGGAACCGAUAUGGCGGAAUAAGACCGUCAGAGGGCUCUUCUGCGAUCCCUACAUCGGUGCAACCAGCCUGGAAGGUGGCAAAUCAUCUCAGGCGCUGCGUGACCUGGUGGAUGCUGGCAGUGAACUUUUGGAGUCGACCUGCAUCCUGCCGCUGGCGGAAGCGGACCUGGCGGCACUGCGCACUGCGCUGCAAGCCUUGCGGGAAGCCCUGGCGCGCAGCGAAGCAGGACACGAGGCCUUCAACUGCCAGGAUGGCAUGCGCUGGUGUGACGCCUCUCGGAAGGAGAUUUGGUCGUUGAAAGCGGGGCAGCGAUGGCUCUGUGAAGGCGGCUGGAGAGGCGACUUCGCCUUCCGCGUUUUGAAUUCCGGCGCUGGGAUUCAUCAGUUUCACAGCUGCGAUGUGACAGCACUUCAACAAGGCAAAGCUCGGUACCAAACCGGGCUCUGCCUUUUCCCCGUGCAGAAGGAACGCCUAAGUCUGGCCUUCCUCUACACAUUGUUCCAAGUGUAUUUCAUACGACAUCGUUCUCACACCUGCUGGUUCCUCUACGAAGUUUUGCUGCCAACGCUGCAGUCUGCGGAUCUUCCAGCUUCGGGAGCAGGGAGCACAACUCCACAGCGAGCUGGGACAUGCUAUGCCAAAUGCAUGUUUUUGGCCUUGCGGACACUACUGGCAGAGCUAGGUGUGUCCAAAGUUGCUCGAAGAAGAAUCAUGUUCAACUUUCGAUUUUUCUUUUUGGAGAAGAUGGUGGCAGAUUUGGACCGCAUUCAACGACUUCCAGAUGCAGAUGCCAAGUUGACCAUCAGCGAUCGGAUCAUGUUGACGGUGGCACUGAAACAGGUCGCACGCCGCUGUGUCAGAGACACUGAAGCCUCUUCCGCAUUGGAACGUGCACACAUUUGUUUGCAAAAGAUUUGGUUAGCUGCUCCGCCCAUGCGUUGGCUGGGCUUUUUUACUCGCGAAAGAUCUGACUUUGCUGCCGUGACGGUGGAUUUUAAAGCAUCCAGUGGAUUCUCCAAUGAUUUCAGAAAUUUCAGGUUACACUUGCUCUCAGCGUUGAUUCCUCCAGAUGUUCGGAACGCCUUCGCUGGGCCCACGGCCUCCAAAGCAUCCAACCCUCACGUGGAUUUGACGGGCAUUGCUUCAGCUGAAGCAGCUGCAGGUGGUCCAACCCUUGAGGCCUUGACCCAGGCGCUGUUGAUGUGCGAUCGCUUGGAGGAGGUUCUCAGCUGUUCCCGGCGUUCCAAGCGUCUGAUCUGCGGUGUCGUGGAAUCUUUGGUUUUCGAAGGUCGCGGUCUUUGGACAUCUGAUCUGAGCACGGCGCCGGGCGACACGUUGCGUGUGCUUCAUCGCCUCGCUGCCCACUACUUGGCCGCGGUGAAGUCGUCUCCGUUGGGCCGCAGCUCGAGUGCCACGGCCGUUUUGGUCAUGGCGUCUCUGCUGGAACUCUUCGAAAUCACGUCCAAGUCAUCGACUGGUGGCGGAGUGUUCUCCAGAAUUAUUGGGAAAAGUGGAUCUGCUCCGCUCUGGUCCCUACAACCCUGGGAGAAACCCGAUGGUCGGCCAGCCAGUUUUGCGGAUCUCACGGCUUGGUUGCCCAUGGUCUCUCCAGCGCAAUGUCACCCGGACCAAGCGGCGAAGUGCGAAGCAGGAUUUGCCAACGCCAUGCAACCGAAGGCUCAGCUAGGUGGAAGCAUCAAAGACGUGUCGCAUGGUCGGCUGUACACUUCCUUGCAAGACUCGUCGCUUCUGUUCGGACCGCCUGAGGGUGAAGAUUCCGAGAUGUCAGGCGUCGGUAAACACAUCUUGCUUUUCGUGCGGCAGCUGCGCAGCGGGAUGAGUGGUAGCACCGCAGGUUCUACAACUUUUCCUUCGGUGCUUCCAGCAAUUGAUCGACCAUAUCAAGAUUGGGAGUUGGAUUUGGCGUGGAGUUUUGAUCCCACAUUUCUGGCCGAAUGUCCUGAAUGGCGACUCGCCUUAGAUUUGGCCGUGUUUUAUCAGAUGACGUUGGCCUCGGUUCCGAGUCUCACAUCGGCCCUGGAGGGUAGUGGCACCGCCCCGGCCGAUCACAUCUUGAGUGCCCAGGAGGCAGAGAUCCACUACACCAUCAGUUUGUUCAACCCACCAACCAAACUCACGGUCCAAGUGCAGCAUGUUUGCACUUUACUUCAAAGACAUCCCAACAAACUCUAUUCACAACCAUCUUUGACACAUCCCAAAUUGUUGUGUUCUUCGCUGCCCUAUCUGCGAUUCGGUGGCGCCAUGGAGAACGAGAUCAUCUCGGCCCCGAUUUUGCCGGACUUCGAUUUCUCCCUGACACAACAACAAGCGGAGUCCUUGCUUUCGAUUCUCAACUGCCCAGGUCUUCGAAUCCCAUUGCUGCUGGAGUUCCUGGUUCCCAAUCACAUUUCGCUGUUGCAUCACCGUCAGUUCCAACGAGUCUUCUUCUGCUGUUUGUUUGAGCCGGGCGCCUACGGAGACAGCCAAACGUUUUUGGCGAAGGAUUGGAAGAUCCCAGCCGUGGAGACACUCUCUGUGGAACUGGGCUGGUUACAUGAAGAAUUGACGAAAUCACCACAUUUGAUGCUGCCUUCAUUGAACCAACUGUUUGAAGCCAUGAAGGAUUUGGGCAGCGGAUCUUUCGACGGACCUUUGGUACAGCCAUUUCUCUUCGUGGUUCACGUGGCCCUGUUGCUGCAAGAUUUCAUGGCACAUGCGAAAGAGAAAAGCAUCAACACCAAGGCCCUGGAGUGUUUGGAGGAACAUCAGAAACUCUUCCGACGCUUCACUCAAAAGUUUGCCCGGAAAGUCUUGGCCCGUUGGAUCCGACAAGCCAAUAGUGCUAAAGCCUAUGAUGUGUUGAUGCAGUGCCACGCCCACCUUGCUAUGACCACUUGGCCGAAAAAGCACCAAAUGGAGGAUGAUGACACACAAAGUCUGGCCGUUGCAUCUUGUACCUUCAGUUUGUGGAGCGAAAAGAUUGGGGACUUGAGCUCUGUCGAGCAUCCUGGGGACCAAGCAGACAUGAUCCAUUUGGUGUUCAGCACGCUGAGUCGACAUCGAGUUCUUUUACUGAAAUCCGUGGAGGAAGAAGAUGAAACUGAGAGGAACAAGUAUUUCAGUUUCAUCUUAGGCGGUGCUUUGGGCAGCGAGCGGAUGCCUCUGUUGGCCUGGCGUGCGGCAGAACAAACGCCCAAGGUCUGUUUCCGUGUCCUCGAAACGAAUCAUCCGAUGACCACGGAGGAUUUGUCCAGCAAAGUGGUGAAGAUGCCCAAGGCAACACGGAUCAUCCUGCGUUUCGAUCCCCUGAGCCACUUGGAAACGGGUGACGUUGUGGCGGUUUUGGCCGGUGAAUCCAAAACUGCUAAGUCCAUUUGGCGCGCAGGGCGUCAUGAUGUGGCUCGAAACGGUUGGCCCGGAGUGGAUGCGCCAGGGUUGGUGAUUCAAGGUGACACGUUUCGGGUGACCUUGGAACGGUUGAUGUCCUUCAGCGCGGGGGACACGGCCUAUGGCUACCGCAUCAUCGCAGAAGCUGAGAUGCCACCAGAAGCCGUGCCAUCGAUGCAGAAGCAAUGCGAUGCUUCGCCCUUCGUUUGUGCGUCCAUUCUGUCAGAGGUAGGUGGCGAUGUGAAGGAGGCUCUUCAGCAGUACAAGCGCCGGGAAGUGCGGCAGAAGUGGGAAGAACUGGAAAGCCUCAGUGAGGCGCGAAAGCAGAGGUUGGGGCUGAGCUCAGGUGGCUGUUUCUAUGCAGCACAUGCUGAGGAGGUUCAAGACACCUGGCUCACAGGAGCUCGAGUGGAUCUGGGCAUGGCCAACAUCAGCUUCGAGGCUCGAGAGACCUUGCAACCCAUGCCGUCCGAAUGCUUUGAUGAUCCAGAUUACCGCGAAGCUUUGGGAAACGAACGUCCCAAUGUCCUACCUGUCUCCGAUUCCUUGUAUGCAACGCAAUUGAGUUUUCGAUGUGGAGGGGUGGAAUAUACAGCAGAGAUUUGGGCAGCUUCUCCUGAAUUCAGAUUGGCCUUGGACUACGAUCGCGGCAUCAAAGUUGGAGGGAAAUCUGAAGCCGUGCCAUACGUGUUUCAUCCGACCCACAUGCCUACCGGAAUCCAUUGGCGGGAGCAGACUUGGACUGAGUUAAAGGUGAAAGAUUUGCCGGAACAUCUGCAGACACACCACAAAGGUGCUGGCAGUGCGGUUUUGAAGGCUUUGUUGUCAACACCACCGCCGGAUCCGACUUUGAUGAACGAGCCAGAACCAUGGUACAUGCGAUUCGCCGGGGAAUGGUGGAAACAAGCCCGUUGGUACAGCAAACAACGAAGUCCCAAGUCUGAUAACAUCAUUUUCAUCUGUGAAAUCCAGAACACCUCCACGAGAAGCGCUUCAUCAUUUUGGUUGGAAUUCGAAUCUUUCGAAAAUCGCCCCGACUUUCUGGUGGCGUUUCGCAUCCACGAGUUUGGUCGCUGUGCCUUCCGGGAAGCUGUGUGGACGGCCCAGCGGCGCCAGUCCUUGUUCAGCGCCGACCCGGAGGAUGCGGUGGAACUCUUCACCGCGCCCAAGGCCUUAACGAAUCAAGCAGGUGAAUUGAGACCAUUAAUGUCACAUCCACGGUCUUUGGUACUGCGCAGUGCUGCUGGAAGCUACUUACCUCAACGCUUUCUGCGGGGAUUUCUGCCGGAAGUUCUCCUGAAGCAUUUCUAUUUUUGGCAGAUCUCGGCAAAUUGCAUUGAGGGAAGGCCUCGUGAUGUCUUGUCACGUUGGUUUGGGUAUGUUCUACGGCUGGAGCUCUCGGAGUCCAGUGACGUCGCUCGGGUGCUGCGUGUUUUUGACGAUGAGUCGACAGAGCAGCUGCUGGACGCCACCCGUGAGUUGGAUUCACCGCUGGGGCGCUUGGGGCGAGAUGUGAGCUCCGUGGAGCCGCUGUCGCACGUCUUGUUUUGGAGUGCCGACGGUGCCGUGGAACUGCUGGAGAUGCCCCGCUUGCAGUUGCGAUUUCGCUUCCGGACCGGACCCGUCUUUGAAGGCGCCACCUUGACCUUCAAAAAGAAGUUGUACUGCGAAGCCUAUGGAGGUCAGAUGUAUUUGGAGGCGUUCGGCUUGGAACCGAUCCGCAGACUUCUGCCCAACUGCCCAUAUGCGUUGCCACCUCACUGUUUCUUGCUGCAAUCCGAAGCUGGUGAUGCGAAAGUAGUGGCUCCUUUGGGUGGAUUGAAACGACAGCGGAGCUAUCAGGAACCUUUCAACAUCUCGGUGUACCUGAAAAUCUUCGAAGACGCCUUCUUAACACCAACCGUGGUUUACGAUUUGCCCCUGUCCACCGGGAGACUUGAAAUGUCCAUCUUUGCUGAGCGCUUUGUGGUUGCUUCUGUGUCGUUUGUUGCAACGUGA